UGCUGGAUUUUUGAGUCAACCUCAGGCCUGAAAUCUUCACACAACUCAGCCAUGAACUCUGCCGUCUACUUCCUCCUCCUGAUGCUGCCUCUGAUCUCUGCUCAGAUCACUCGUUUGGGUCCCUGUCCCACUCCAAGUGUACAGCCCAACUUCAAACUUGACAAGUACCUUGGAACGUGGUAUGAGAUCGAGAAGAUACCUGCCUACUUUGCUCAAGGAAAGUGUAAUGAGGUAGACUAUUCACUGAGGAAAGAUGGUACCAUCAAGGUGGUGAACACUCAGAUGUUUCAAAACAAAUUGAGGUCUGUUGAAGGGACAGCUGUGAUUGGGAACAAAAAGCACCCAGCCAAACUUGGAAUCCGUUACUCAUAUUUUGCUCCCUUCCACCCGUACUGGAUUAUAAGCACUGACUACACUAAUGUGGCCCUCGUGUUCUCCUGUACAAGCAUCUUGAACCUGUUCAACUACCAAAAUGUUUGGAUUCUUGGACGGUCACGAACCCUGCCUGCAAUGACAGUAAAUAAUGCCAAAAAACUGCUGCAGAAAAAAGGAAUCAAUGUUUCCAAGAUGAGCGCCGUGGAUCAGAGCUUUAUCCAGGGGACACAGAUUCUGGCAGACUGGUGUUCGGUCUACAUCCUCAGCACCGACCUCCACAGGAAAUGCGAACGCUGCCUCGGUGCUCACCAUGCCGGCUUAGCAUUGACCUCCCAGGCUUCCUGCCCUUUCUGGAAGCUUCUUCCACUGGAGGAGAAACAACGCAGGGUGGACUUCUUCACCCCUAAGGCUGAGGAUGUUUUCCCUGCAACGGAAUACAACCUGGACACUGCGGUGGACAUCUUCGUGCACGUGGAGGGAUUAACCCAAUAG